UUUCAAACUGUUCCAUCCUUCACCAUCUCUUGGCUGACAUCUGCAAACUUAGGAGAUGGGAUCUACCAUCUUCACUCAGAUUCUUCUUUUCCCCUAUGCAACCACUUGCAUCGGUGUAAAAGCUUAAUGCAGAGCACCAGGGAUCAGGCGAGUCACUGUGGUAUGGAUGAGCACGUGGAAACCCAAGCUCAAGAAGAGCCAAACCUCAAACCAGUCUGCCUGCCAUCUAUUUUAUUGUCUUCUUUCUGUAUCUGUGAUCUCCCCUGCUCUGGGGAACCAGCCAGCCUGGAUUAAGGAGAGGGCACCAUUAACUUGCAAUUGUAAAAGAGCAGGGGAGGUUUAUCCACAAGUCAGUUUAUCUGGUUGGAGCAGGAGCUUACAGAAGAGCUUGUCUGUAUUAGUCUUACACUCCCCUGUGUUCUCCCUUUGAACUUCUUCGUAUGAAGAAAGCAGAGGAAGCUGUGGUAGCUUCACAUCACUGCACAGCUACGGCAGCCGCUGAAGUCGGUGGUGUGACUCAGCUGACACCGGUGCAAACAGGGACUUUGCUGCUGCUCCUCAAGAACAUCUCACCUGAUGAGUGGUUUUAAGAUGAACUUCCUUUCCUUGCAUUAGACUCAAAGCCAAAAGGAUUUCCAGGAGCAGAAAGUUCUGUUUCCCAACAGAGCCUCGGGAGCUCAGAGAUGCUACUGGAGUGCUUCGUGUCACCCCGGUACCUGCUCAUUCUGCAUGGGUUAGUUCAGCACAGUCCAGGCAGGGAUGCAGCUGCUAGGGUUUGGAUGGUGCUUCCAAAGGUGGAACCCAUCUAUGAGCUUCUAAAACAGCUCCAAAGUCUCAAGGAUCUGAAACAAAAUAUGUCAAAUAGGAAACUUGACCAGAACUUCUGCUUCUUCAAGUUAAUAAAAGAGAGCUGAGAAACGAGGCUUACACUGAGGGUAGGAAAGUCUUUAGCAUGGGGAGCAAAAACAGGCAAAAGUUUAGGUUAUUAUAGAAUCCCACUUGGAGCUGCAGCUUCUGCCACUGUCGGGCCAGGCUGGGAGACCCAGCAUCAGACACCCCAUUUGAGGUGUGAAGCUCUUCACUGGGAAACCAGGAUGGGUCUUGCAUGGGAGUGCAUUCAACAUGAAAUCACUGCCACCAAAGAGACACCUCCCAACGCUGUGUGCCCCCAGGACUCCAGUAACACCAGGGUCUGUGCUGUUGCUCCAGGGCUGGAGCUUUCCUGCCCUCAGGAAGAUGCUGAGAAACGACUAAAGAGAACAGAGCCAAUGAGAAAUGAGCCCUAUAGAGUUGUCCACUCCCAAAAGGCAGUUCACAGCCUGCAAAGCACAGGGAAGUCCUCUUGGAAGGAAGACCUGAGUCAUAAAGAAAGUGAAGAGAAGGGAGAAGACAGGGUGCCAAGGACAGGACUCAAAUGGGGAAGCAUCACAUGGCCACAAAAGCUCCUGAUAAGAGCUGUUAGUGCCAUGGAUGGGGCUGAGUGACCGCUCAGAGCUCGAGAACAUUUCCUAGCGUGGUUUGUCCCUCCUGCGCUGUGGGGACAGAGCAGGACAUUGCCUGCAGUGUGAUGGCUGUGGGGAAGAGGAUGAGCCUUCCAUAGCAGGAGCUGGCCCCACGAUGCCCAGCAUAUUCUCCUACCAGAGUGCUGAAGUGGACUGGUGUGAAGGCAACUUUGAGCGCUCACAAAUCAUCGCUGAGUACUACAACACUAUCAGCAAUGCAAGCUUCUUCAUCCUUUCUCCUGUCCUGCUCUACCUGAACCGGCAGUACCGUCAGCAGCGUCCCUUGCCCUUGUAUAUCGUCUCUGCCCUGCUCUUGUGUGUAGGAAUCUUCUCCACGUACUUUCACAUGACCCUGAGCUACGUGGGACAACUCUUGGAUGAGCUCUCCAUCCUCUGGACACUGGCUGUGUCAUAUGCAGUUUGGUACCCAAGGGUUUACUUCCCCAGGUGCAUCAAGACCAGGAAGCAUUUCUUCUGGUUGAGUGGCAUCACCACUGUGAUCAGUACCUUCAUGUCCUUCAUCAAACCAGCCUUCAAUGCCUACGCGCUCAACUGCAUCGCCUUCCACCUGCUGUACCUGACACGGCGUGAGCUGAAAAAGUGCAAUGACAAAAGGGUUCACCAGAUGGCCAAGGUCAUGGUCAUAUGGUGGGUACUGGCCAUCAGCAGCUGGAUCAGUGACCGGUGGCUCUGUGGGCUCUGGCAGGCCAUCAACUUCCCCUACUUCCACAGCUUCUGGCAUGUGCUCAUAGCCAUGUCCCUCCUAUACUGCUGCCCACUGGUCAUCUACUUUGACACCAACUACGAGAUGCCAGCGUUCAAGCCAAAGAUAGGAUAUUGGCCCAGUGACUCUUCGCCUAUCGUGGUGCCUUACAUUAUCCUGGAGGAACCCCACAAGCAGUGCUAGAGCUUGUGGCAUCCCUCAGGCAUCUCUCGGGCGUGGGGUGAGCGAUGCACAUGUGUGUAUCUGCAUGGGGAACACCUCAGCUCUGUGCCUGUUCCUCGGCCAAGGCAACGUGGCUAACAAUGGGGCAGGGAGCAGCUGAGGCCUCGUGGUGCCGGGCAUGGAGCAGGGGGGGAGCCCACGGAUGCCUUGGAAGACUCUGCCCAGGCUGGCUCUGGGGAACCAGAGAUCUCCUCUUCCAACAGAUCCCCACUGAGAAGGGGAGGGAGAUGCUGCUGCUUCUGUGUCUUCUGCAUCAGUCAAGCGGUGGCACCCUUUGGUGACAAGGGCAGAGUGGAGAACACAGAAGCCAAACUGGUGACAGCUGGGUUGGUUGGGGCUGCUCUCAUUAUUGUUAUUAUUAAUUCUAUUUAUUGAUGUCUGUGGUCUUGCUCAGGAGGGCUGUGCAUUAAAGCUAUGGACAUGGA